AUGGCUUGCUGCUUUUCCCCGGGGAAAGCUACCGAGGACCCCAAACCGGCUCCUAAACCUCCUUCUAAACCGGCUUCCAAACCCGUUUCAAAACCCGCUUCUAAAUCCCCCGGUUCCGCCCCUCCAGUCAGAGACCAUGACCACGAGUGGGACCUCGACGCAGAGCUGCAGAUAGCAGGGGUCCCGGAGAGCGUCUUACGUCAGCUGAGGUCAGAGUUCCGCGCGCGCACCAUCUACGUAUCGCCUAUGCCCAAGCGCAGCUCGUAUCACGCGGGGCCAGACGUCAGCGCGCGGUCAGAGGCCUCGGAGCUGCCCCUCGAGGGCGUGACGUCAGAGGAGCUGGAUGCCCAGCCGGCGGCGCCGCGGCCGCGGCCGCGUCGCGCGCUCAAAACCCUGGGCGUCCCCCAAACCCCGCAGGAGGAGAGGGAGCUGGCGUACCAGUACCGGAUGCACCGCUUCCGCUCGCGCUCGCGGACGAGCAGAAUGCCGAGCAUGGGAACGGAACUGACGAGCAACAACGGAAACGAGUACGAGUAUCCGGAUUACAUCGAUUAUGAGCGGGACGCAGGGUUUGGGGUUUUGGAGAACGAGACCGGGGGAGAUAACCGGUUCAGUUCGUGGACUUUGGCGUGGCUGGACACUCUGCAGCAAGAGGCGGCUUUCGAGCAGUCGGGGGACUUUGACCCGCGGGAGACGCCGGGAAACUUCGUGCGGAAUCUCGGUCGGGAAAGUGAGGCGAUCUCGUCGUAUCGGCUGGACGAGGCGGCUCCACAGUCUGCUGCGCAAAGAGCGUUUCGGUCGGCGGGGUAG